AUGGCGGAGAAUGUCACCUCACACAGGUAUGUGGACCCAAAAGGCAACAGUUCAUUCCGGGCAUGUUUCCUCAAUUCAGGAUACUCCUUCUCCACACCACACCAGAACUGUGUCAGUGGUGUGCUUGAGUACCUCAUCUUCAGGCUCCUAUCUGAGGACACAUCUAUGAGGUCUUCUUGCAGUCUGGCGGGAAUGCUGCUGUUAAUGCACGUCACAAAUGGAUUACGCACCCAGUCCAGUGUGGAUUACUUGUCAAUAUCAGGGAAGUGGGUGGUGAGGAGGUGCACCUCCCUGCUGUUCAACCAGGCAGAGGACCAGCUCCUGGCCACCGACAAAUCAGGAGAUGUGUACUCCUUCUCAGUGGGGGAGCCGCAGAGAGAGGGCGAGCUCAAGAUGGGCCACCUGUCAAUGUUGCUAGCCAUGUUUGUCCUGCUUCCUGUCAGAUUUGUCAGCGCUCUGCUGGUGCCACCAGCUUACCCACACUGGCUGCUGUCUGGAUCAGGGGACGGGACCAUGAAGCUGUGGGACUAUGAGUCGGGCCGUAAGCUGCAGAGCUGGGACCUUAAAGAGCAUGAAGAGACAUCAAGCUCUGAGGCAGACAAACAGAAGAAGCCAACUGUGUGCCGCAUCAGCUGCUCUCCUGAUGCUCGGCAUGUAGCCGUGCAGUGUGAGAGAGCGUCCACAGUUCACUUCUUCACUGUGGACCAGGAUGGUGAAGAGAAGCUUGUGCCUCACAGAAAGCUCUCCCUGCCCCACUGCCCCCUAGACAUGACCUUUGACCCGGAAGGCCAGCUAUGGGUGCUGAUGGACUCAAGUGAUGCACCACUCCAGAUAUACACCCACAGACGAGACUCCUGGGAGUCUGAUGAUGAGAGCCCCGAGCUGAUCAGAGUGACUGAGGCCUUCAAAGCGCACUGGGAGACACUGGAGGCCUCCUUAAGGACUGACAGCCGCUUCGAGCACCUGUACAAGGUGAACUUCGACAACGUGGCGGCGUACCUGCAGAAGAAGCAGCAGAGACUGGAAGAGCAGCUGAAGAGGGGGGGGACACAGAAGGCCAACAGCAACAAGAAGGCCAGAAAAGAAAAGUUGUAACAAAGUGAUCGAAUGGACACAGCGACAUUUAUUUGUGAUGUUUUGAAUGAUUGAUGUGAGUUGAAUGUGUGCAUUUGAUUAAGCAAUUGAAAGUGUGUGCUUCCCCACAUGGCAGUUUGGCUUACAUUUCUGGCUGAUUUUUAAAUAAACGUUGCAGCAAUCAUCAAA